AUGAAAAGUGAGCGUGUGAACUAUCCGGUUAAGCUUCUCAAUUUUAUACUAUCAAUCAUGAACAGUUAUCUUUUUGUAUUAAUCGUGAGCAUUGGGUUCGCUGAAAGUUCGAGUCCAAAGUCGAGCACUUCCUGCUCCCUAAUGACCAGUUGUGCUGUUGAGAAAUGCUUGGAUAGAGGAAUGGUAGGCAGAAUCAUAACAGAAUCAUCACGCGAUGAGGUAUUUGGAAACCUCGUAGAAAAAUUCGACAUGGUUUGUAUUGCUGCAAAAUGUGGAAAUGAGUGCUCUCAAUGCAAGCACUGUCAUUAUGCUUUGGAGCAAAUGAGCGCAUUGGCUCAGGGAGAGAAAACUUCUGGACUGUGCCCAAAACUUGAAACCUGUGUUUUCAAUUGCCUUACUGAAGAUGUAUCAAAAGUAUUAUCUUGUGUUGCAACUCGGUGCAAUGUUCACUGUUAUGAUGGAGAUUGCCCAUCUUGCAAAAUGAUUUCUAGACGCAUUUUUUCCAAUAUCUGCAAGCAACAUUCAAUGACAACUCAACCACAAAUUAAAUAUGAAGGAACUUGUCCAAAUUUGUUCAUGGAGCUCGCUGACGACUAUGUUGCCAUGAAGAAGAAGAAGCUUUAAAUGGUAAAAGAUUCUACUGGAAUUUAAAGAUCUCACCAGUUUCUACGAUUUUUGUAAAUAUAGUAUCGUGUUUUUAUCUGUGAAUAUAGAAUUUUGAAAUAAACAUUAAUUUAGU